GUGAGAUGAGAGGUUAUUAAAAAAAAUUAUAUUUCACAAUUACAUAAAUAUAAUAUCUAAAAAUAUAAGAAGAUGCUUUUAACACUGGUUUGUCCUUUAAACUCAAAAAAGAAUUAUUAAUUUUCAUGGUGUCUUUUUUCUGUUUAUCCAACAGAUGUCAGCUUCGUGUUGCAGAUGUGGCCCGGCUGAGAGGAGGAGGAGGAGGAGGAGGAGGAGGAGGAGGAUGCUGUCUGGAGGAGAAUCGGCGCUGGGACCUGGGCUUAUUUGGAUGUUGAGGGGAAAAAUGGCUACCGACAGGAGGAAGGAGAGGGAUCACUGGCCACUUCUGGAUUAACUCGCUGUUUUCUCGUGACAUAUGGAUGUACACGGAGCUCCCCGCAUCGACUUAAUUAUCACAUUGGAGGUUAUCGUCGAUACAUAAACCCCCCUGGUUGCUGGGCUGCCUUUGCCCUGACGAAGCCCCUCAAGAUGAACAUGGUGAAGAGGAUCAUGGGGCGGCCGAGGCAGGAGGAGUGCAGCCCCCAGGACAACGCGCUGGGCCUGAUGCACCUGCGGCGCCUCUUCUCCGAGCUCUGCCACCCUCCUCGCCACAUGACCCAGAAGGAGCAGGAGGAGAAGCUCUACAUGAUGCUUCCUGUUUUUAACAGGGUGUUUGGGAAUGCUCCGCCCAGCAGCAUGACGGAGAAGUUCUCCGACCUGCUGCAGUUCACCACCCAGGUUUCCCGACUGAUGGUGACUGAGAUCAGACGAAGAGCCUCUAACAAAUCCACAGAGGCCGCCAGUCGAGCCAUAGUCCAGUUCCUGGAGGUGAACCAGAGUGAGGAGGCGAGUCGUGGCUGGAUGCUUCUGACCACCAUCAACCUGUUGGCCUCCUCUGGACAGAAAACGGUGGACUGCAUGACGACCAUGUCCGUGCCCUCCACGCUGGUCAAAUGCCUCUACUUGUUCUUCGACCUGCCCCACAUGGCCGAGGCUCCUGUUGGUCCCACACCACAGCCGCCGCCACCUCCGCCACCUGCACCCAACCAGGAGAAGACACCGGGCCAGGGCCACACCCAGCCUGAGCUGCCCCUCGCCGACCGCAGGGCUCUGCUGCAGAAAGUCUUCGUCCAGAUCCUGGUGAAGCUCUGCACGUUUGUGUCCCCGGCGGAGGAGCUGGCGCAAAAGGACGACCUCCAGCUGCUUUUCAGCGCCAUCACCUCCUGGUGCCCCCCCCACAACCUGCCCUGGAGGAGGAGCGCUGGGGAGGUGCUCACCACCAUCUCCCGACACGGCCUCAGCGUCAACGUGGUCAAAUACAUUCAUGAGAAGGAAUGCCUGUCCACAUGUGUUCAAAACAUGCAGCAGUCGGACGACCUCUCCCCACUGGAGAUAGUCGAGAUGUUCGCCGGCCUCUCCUGCUUCCUCAAAGACUCCAGCGACGUGUCACAGACCCUGCUGGAUGAUUUCCGGAUGUGUCAGGGUUACGCCUUCCUCUGUGACCUCAUGCUCAGACUGGAGCAGGCCAAGGAGGACGAGUCAAAAGACGCACUGAAGGAUUUGGUGAACCUGGUCACAUGCCUGUCCACGUACGGGGUGACGGAGCUGAAACCAGCCGGCCUGACUACGGGAGCCCCCUUCCUGCUUCCAGGAUUCGUUCUCCCACAGUCUUCUGGGAAAGGCCACACCGUGCGUAACAUCCAGGCCUUUGCAGUGCUUCAGAAUGCCUUCCUGCGGGCUAAAACCAGCCGCCUGACUUGCAUGCUGCUGGACGCCAUCGGAAACAUCUACGUCGCCGACCCGGCCAACUACUUCAUCCUGGAGUCGCAGCACACCCUGUCGCAGUUCGCCGACCGCGUGGCCAAGCUCCCCGAGGCCCAGGCCAAGUACUUCGAGCUGUUGGAGUUUGUCGUUUUCAGCCUCAACUACGUCCCGUGUAAGGAGCUCUUCAGCGUCAGCGUGCUGCUCAAAUCGAGCACGUCGCACGCCUGCAGCAUCACGGCCGUGCGCACGCUGCUGAAGCUGUCCAGGCACGACCCCGUGUUCAGCGACGUCCUGCGCGAGGUCGGUCUGCUGGAGGUGCUGGUCAACCUGCUGCACAAGUACGCUGCCUUGCUCAAAGACCCAGCGUCGCAACACCAACCGCACAACAACGACCAAGCCGACUGCAAAAACAACACAGUAGCAGAGGAGCAGAAGCAGUUGGCUUGGCUGGUGAUGGAGACUCUGACUGUGCUCCUGCAGGGCUCCAAUACCACCAACACUAACGCUGCGCUGUUCAGAGAGUUCGGCGGCGCCCGUUGCGUCCACAACAUCGUCAAGUACCGUCAGUGUCGGGAACACGCUCUGCUCAUCAUCCAGCAGCUCGUCCUGUCGCCCAGCGGGGACGACGACAUGGGGACGCUGCUGGGCCUCAUGCACUCGGCACCGUCCAGCGAACUGCAGCUGAAGACCGACAUACUGAGGGCUCUGUUGGCCGUGUUGCGUGAAAGUCACCGCACCCGCACCGUGUUCCGUAAGGUCGGCGGCUUCGUCUACGUCACCUCGCUGCUGGUGGCCAUGGAGCGCUCCCUGUGCCAGCCGCCGCGCCACGGCUGGGAGCGCGUCAACCAGAACCAGGUGUUCGAGCUCCUGCACACCGUCUUCUGCACGCUCACCGCCGCCAUGUGCUACGAGCCGGCGAACUCGCACUUCUUCCGCACGGAGAUCCAGUACGAGAAGCUGGCCGACGCUGUGAGGCUGCUGGGUUGUUUCUCAGACACUAAGAAGCUGGGUCCCACGAGCGUGUUCCCUUCCAACGCUCAGCCUUUCCAGAGGCUGCUGGAGGACGAAGCCGCCCCCGGAGGCUGUGCAGGAGACAGCGUCUGUCCCACGCUCAAGCACUGCAGCAAGCUCUUCAUCUACCUGUACAAGAUGGCCACCGACUCCUUUGACAGUCGUGCGGAGCAGGUGCCUCCCUGCCUGACUCAUGAGACUUCGCUGCCCUCCCCGUGGGGCACGCCAGCGCUCGCCAGGAAGAGACAAGGCUACUACGGUACCUCGGGCCCCCCCGCCCCAGUCAAAGUCCUGACCGACCUGAAGCUCCACUCCUCCCACCUCCCUUCCUUCACGUCGUCGUCUGACAUGGUGGUCAUCCACCCGGGGGCGGUCCUGGCCAUGCUGGACCUGCUGCCCUCCGUGUCCUCUGAGAGCCAGCCUGAGCACGCCCUCGACCUGCAGUUGGCCGUCGCCAACAUCCUGCAGCUCCUGGUGAACAGCGAGAGGAACCAGCAGGUGUUGUGCGAAGCCUGCCUCCACCAGCGGCUGCUGCAGCGCUGCAGUCAGGCCCUCGGUGACGAAGACCACCCGCUGCACCCACCGCUGCAGAGGAUGUUUGAGAGGCUGGCCUCGCAGGCCCUGCAGCCCAUUGCACUCAGGGAGUUCUUACGUCUUGGAAAUCCUCUGAACUGUGGCGCCUGGGACAAGAAGCUACUGAAGCAGUACCGCGUCCACAAGCCGAGCUCUCUCAGCUACGACGCUGAGAUGAGAAACAGCAUGACGUUGUCCAUGGAGGGCUUCGGCCCAGACAGCGUCUUCACCACGCCGGCCGAGGACAACGGCCAGUAUCGCAUCAGCCGCAGCCUCGUGCGCUCCGCCGAGGGCAGCACCGUGCCGCUCACCCGGGUCAAGUGUCUGGUGUCCAUGACGACGCCCCACGACAUCCGCCUCCACGGAUCGGCCGUCACGCCUGCGUUCGUGGAGUUUGACUCCUCGCUGGAGGGCUUCGGGUGCCUGUUCCUACCCAGCCUGGCGCCCCACAACGCUCCCACCAACAACACCAACGCUUCAGGAGUCAGCGACGGAGCGGUGCUGAGCGGGAUGGGCACAGGUGAGCGCUUGUUUCCUCCUCCGUCAGGCCUGAGCUACUCCACCUGGUUCUGCGUGGAGCGCUUCAGCGUCGCCCCUCAGGCUCACCCGGUGCGUCUGCUGACCGUCGUCCGCCGGGCCACCUCCUCGGAGCAGCACUACGUCUGCCUGGCGGUGGUGCUGUCGGCCAAAGACCGCUCGCUCACCGUCUCCACCAAGGAGGAGCUGCUGCAGACAUACUCAGCCGAUGAGUCGAGCGAGGAAGCCGCCUUCUACGAGAUCUUACCCUGCUGUGCCCGCUUCCGCUGCGGCGAGCAGAUCGCUGAGGGCCAGUGGCACCACCUGGUGCUCGUCAUGAGCAAGGGCAUGCUGAAGAACAGCAUGGCCACGCUGUACAUCGACGGUCAGCUCAUCAACACUGUCAAGCUCCACUACAUCCACAGUACCCCCGGUGGCUCCGGCUCCACCAACCCCCCUGUAGUGAGCACGGUUUACGGGUACGUGGGGACGCCCCCCGCCCAGCGGCAGCUCUCCAGCCUGGUGUGGCGUCUGGGGCCCAGCCACUUCCUGGAGGAGGUCUUACCCGCCGCGAGCGUCGCCGCCGUCUACGAACUGGGGCCGAACUACGUGGGCAGCUUUCAGGCCGUCUACCUGCCCUGCAAAGACUCGAAGACAGAGGUAGCACCUGCUUCUGUGGUGGCUUUGGUUCCAGAGGAGAAGGUGUCUUUCAGUCUCUACGCUCUUUCUGUCACUACUCUCACUGUGGCCAAAAUCAGGAAAGUCUAUAACAAACUGGACAGCAAAGCCAUCGCAAAACAGCUCGCCGUGUCCUCUCAUGAAAACGCCACUCCGGUCAAGCUGAUUCACAACGCCGCCGGCCACCUCAACGGCCCAGCUCGCACCAUCGGAGCCGCCGUCAUCGGAUAUUUAGGCGUCCGUGCUUUUGUGCCCAAACCUGUGGCCAACAACCUGCAGUACGUGGGAGGGGCGGCGGCCAUCCUCGGCCUGGUUGCCAUGGCGUCAGACGUGGAGGGGCUGUAUGCGGCUGUCAAAGCUUUGGUGUGUGUUGUAAAAAGCAACUCUCUGGCCAGUAAGGAGAUGGAGCGCAUCAAAGGCUACCAGCUGCUGGCUAUGCUGCUGAAGAAAAAGCGCUCGUUGCUCAACAGCCACAUCCUCCACCUCACCUUCUCUCUGGUGGGAACGGUCGACAGCGGACACGAGACCUCCAUCAUUCCCAACUCGACCGCCUUCCAGGACCUUCUCUGUGAUUUUGAGGUCUGGCUCCACGCUCCCUACGAGCUCCAUCUGUCUCUGUUUGAACAUUUCAUCGAACUGCUGACAGAAUCCAGCGAGGCGGCUAAAAAUGCCAAACUGCUGAGGGAGUUUCAGCUGAUCCCGAGGCUGCUGCUGACCCUGAGGGACACCUCGCUGUCUCAGCCCACCGUGGCCGCCAUCAGCAACGUCCUCAGUCUUCUGCUGCAAGGCUUCCCCAACCCCUACGACCUGCUGCGGUUCGGCCAGUUCAUCUCCUCCACUCUUCCCACGUUUGCCGUCUGUGAGAAGUUUGUUGUCAUGGAGAUCAAUAACGAGGAGAAGAUAGAUGGCGGUAAUGAUGAUGAUUUCGGUGGCCUCCUGUCUGCAAACCUCAUUCUGCUGAGAAAUCGGCUGCUGGACAACCUGCUCAAACUGCUCUUCACCACAAAAGAGAAGUGCACUGUUAACGCCCAGGCGUGUGAGGAACUGGUGCGGACGCUCGGCUUCGAUUGGCUCUUGAUGUUCAUGGAAGAGCAUCUCCACUCGAGCACAGUGACGGCAGCUCUGUGGAUCCUGGUGGUGCUGCUGUCGAACCAGUCCAUCCUCAACCGCUUCAAAGAGGGCCUGUGUGGAGGAGGCUGGCUGGAUCACACCGACUCCGUCCUCACCAAUAAGAUCGGCACAGUGCUGGGCUUCAACGUGGGUCGCAGUGCUGGCGGGCGCUCCACAGUUCGGGAGAUCAACCGAGACGCCUGCCAUUUCCCGGGGUUUCCUGUCCUGCAGACGCUGCUGCCCAAACACACCAACGUGCCCGAGCUCUACUUCCUGCUCAUGGCUCUCUUCCUGCAGCAGCCUGUCACGGAGCUGCCAGACAGCCUGCAGGUACAUUUUGAUCUGGACUCCAUCUGGACGUUUAUCUUUGGCAUGCCGGCCUCCAGCGCAACAGUGGUGGGCUCCAUCCACAGCGUCUGUACCGAGGCCGCCUUCCUGCUGCUGGCCAUGCUGCGCAGCAUGCUCAACCUGCCGUGGCAGUCAGAGGAGGAAGGCUCCUGGCUCAGAGAGUACCCCGUGACCCUCAUGCAGUUCUUUCGGUACCUUUACCACAACGUGUCGGACCUGGCGCCGAUGUGGCACAGCCCCGAGUUCCUCUGCGCCCUGGCAGCCACCGUCUUCCCCUUUAACAUCAGGCCCUACUCUGAGAUGGUCAGUGACUUGGACGACGAAGCCGGUUCUCCCAUCGAGGAGUUCAAGGCCUUCGCUGGGGACUCCGGUAUGAACCGCAGCCAGUCCGAGUACUGUAACGUGGGCUCCAAGACAUCGCUGACCAACCACCCGGCCAAGAAGUACGUCUUCGACUUCAUGAGGGUUCUGAUCAUGGACAACCUCUGCAUGACUCUGGCCAGCAAGCAGACGCCAAUCAUCGACCUGCUCCUGGAGGCUUCCCCUGAACGCUCCACCAGGACUCAGCAGAAGGAGUUUCAGUCCAACAUCCUGGAUGGCGUCAUGGAGCAUCUCCUGGCUGCUGAUGUCCUUCUAGGUGAAGACGCCUCUCUGCCUCUCAGCAGCGGGGGCAGCUAUCAGAUUCUGGUCAACAAUGUCUUCUACUUCACCCAGCGGGUGGUGGACAAGCUGUGGCAGGGCAUGUUCAACAAGGACUCCAAGCUGGUGGUGGACUUCAUUGUGCAGCUCAUUGGACAGUCCAAGCGUCGCUCCCAGGGUCUCUCCCUCGACACCAUCUACCACUGUCUGAACCGGACCGUGCUCUACCAGCUCUGCCGACCCCACAAGACGGUCGCGCAGCAGGUGGCCCUGCUGGACGCCCUGCGGGUCCUGACCGUCAACCGCAACCUGGUGCUCGGGCCGGGCAACCACGACCAGGACUUCGUGGCCUGCCUGGCUCACUGCUUCAUCUGCCUGCACAGCGGGAGUAGCGUGGAGGGAUUCGGUCUGGAGGCUGAGGCCAGGAUGACAACCUGGCACGUCAUGAUGCCCACGGAGAACGAGGCCGACGCCACACACAGCCACGAUGUCAGCGAAGGGAGACAGCUGCUGCUGAAGGCAGUGAACCGUGUCUGGACGGAGCUGAUGCACAGCAAGCGUCAGAUGCUGGAGGACAUCUUUAAAGUGUCUCUGCCCUGUAAUGACAGAGGUCAUGUGGACAUCGCCACGGCCCGACCUGCUCUGGAAGAGCCGGCCCUGAAGAGCUGGCAGAACCACCUGGCUCACGAGAAGAAGUGCAUCAGUCGCGGCGAAGCUGUAGCGCCGGCGACCCAGUCAAAACUGUCCAGAGUCAGCAGCGGCUUCGGCCUCUCCAAGCUGACCGGCGUCCGCCGCAACAAGAAGGAAAACAGCCUGAACAAGAACAGUCUGUCUGCACAGGAGACUUUCCAGUGGAUGUUUACACACAUCGCUGUUGUUCGGGACUUGGUGGCCAUGCAGUACAAAGAGUAUCAAGAGCGGCAGCAGAACGCCCUCAAGUACGUGACGGAGGAGUGGGCGUCCAUUGAAUACGAGCUGCUGCGGGAACGGGGCCUGUGGGGCCCGCCCAUCGGCUCCCACCUGGACAAGUUCGUGCUGGAGAUGACGGAGGGGCCCUGUCGCAUGAGGAAGAAGAUGGUCCGCAACGACAUGUUCUACAUCCACUACCCCUACAUCCCCGAGACAGAGACAAACACCAACUCGGCACAGAAGCCUCUGCGGUACCGGCGAGCCAUCAGCUACGACAGUAAGGAAUACUACAUGCGUUUGCUGUCUGGAAACCCCGGCAUGUACCAGCACUCUGUGGAGCACACCACCGAGGGAGAGACCACUCUGCACGAGCCAGAGCACGGAGAGGACACCAUCGCUAGAGUCAAAGGUCUGGUGAAGGCUCCUCUCAAGAGGUCUCGGUCCACGGCGGACGGCGCAGACGAGGACAGUCAAGAGCAGCUUCAGGAGCAGCCGUUAGAGGCCGGAGGCCCCGAAGAGGAGCAGAGGACGGACAACACGUCACUGCUGCGGCUCCUGGAAGAAGGAGAGAAGAUCCAGCACAUGUACCGAUGUGCCAGAGUGCAGGGUCUGGACACCAGCGAGGGGCUGCUGCUUUUUGGGAAAGAGCACUUCUACGUCAUCGACGGCUACACCAUGACCGUGUCCAGAGAGAUCAGGGACAUCGACACGCUCCCACCAAAUUUGCAUGAGGCCAUCAUCCCAAGAGGAGCGAGACAAGGCCAAAGCCAGUUAAAGAGAACCUGCAGCAUCUUUGCCUAUGAAGACAUUAAGGAGGUUCACAAGAGACGCUACCUGCUGCAGCCCAUGGCAGUGGAAGUCUUCUCAGCAGAUGGGAGAAACUACCUGUUAGCCUUCCAGAAAGGAGUUCGCAACAAAGUUUACCAAAGGUUCUUAGCGGUGGUACCUUCACUGGCUGACAGCUCAGAGUCCGUUUCAGGCCAGAGACCCAACACCAGCGUCGAACAAGGAUCUGGACUUCUCAGCACUCUGGUUGGUGAGAAGUCAGUGACUCAGAGAUGGGAGCGAGGAGAGAUCAGUAACUUCCAGUACCUGAUGCAUCUGAACACACUGGCUGGGCGCUCCUACAACGACCUGAUGCAGUAUCCUGUCUUCCCCUGGAUCUUGGCCGACUUCGACUCAGAGGAGCUGGACCUGAACAACCCGAAGACAUUUCGUAACCUCGCCAAGCCCAUGGGCGCCCAGACCGAGGACCGGCUGACACAGUACAAGAAGAGGUACAAGGACUGGGAAGACCCCAACGGUGAAACCCCAGCAUACCACUAUGGCACCCACUACUCAUCAGCCAUGAUCGUCGCUUCCUACCUGGUCCGGAUGGAGCCCUUCACGCAGAUUUUCCUCAGACUUCAGGGUGGCCACUUUGACUUGGCUGACAGGAUGUUCCACAGUGUGCGUGAAGCCUGGCUCUCUGCCUCCAAACACAACAUGGCCGACGUCAAGGAACUAAUACCCGAGUUCUUCUAUCUGCCGGAGUUCAUGCUCAACUCCAACAACUUUGAUCUGGGUGCCAAACAGAAUGGCACCAAGCUGGGUGAUGUGAUCCUCCCUCCUUGGGCCAAGGGGGACCCCAGAGAGUUCAUCAGAGUCCACAGAGAGGCGUUAGAGUGUGACUACGUGUCGGCCCACCUCCACGAGUGGAUCGACCUGAUUUUUGGCUACAAGCAGCAGGGUCCGCCAGCGGUGGAGGCCGUCAACGUCUUCCACCACUUGUUCUACGAAGGUCAGGUGGACAUCUACAACAUCAACGACCCGCUCAAAGAAACGGCAACCAUCGGCUUCAUCAACAACUUUGGACAAAUCCCCAAACAGCUUUUUAAGAAGCCCCACCCUCCUAAACGGGUACGCACUAAGGCCAACGGUGACGUAUCGAGUAUUCCUCCCAGCUCCAACAUCGACAAGAUCUUCUUCCACCACCUGGACAAUCUCAGACCUUCUCUCGCACCUGUUAAAGAGCUGAAGGAUCCCGUGGGGCAGAUAGUGUGCACAGACAAGGGUAUCCUCGCUGUGGAGCAAAACAAAGUCCUAGUUCCACCCACCUGGAGCAAGACGUUCGCGUGGGGCUACGCUGACCUCAGCUGCCGCCUGGCUAACUAUGAGUCUGACAAGGCGUUGGUGGUGUACGAGUGUCUGUCAGAGUGGGGUCAGAUCCUCUGUGCCAUAUGUCCAAACCCUAAGCUGGUCAUCACCGGUGGCACCAGCACCGCUAUCUGUGUGUGGGAAACGGGAACGUCCAAGGAGAGGGCCAAGUCGCUCACGCUCAAACAGGCGUUACUGGGCCACACGGACGCUGUAACGUGUCUCACGGCGUCAUCGGCGUACCACAUAGUCGUGAGCGGCUCUCGGGAUCGAACCUGCAUCAUUUGGGACCUGAACAAGCUGUCUUUCGUCACGCAGCUCAGAGGACACCGGGCGCCCGUCUCUGCUCUGUGUAUCAAUGAACUCACGGGGGACAUCGUGUCCUGCGCGGGUACGUACAUUCACGUGUGGAGCAUUAACGGCAGCCCCAUCGCCAGCGCCAACACCUUCACGGGGAGAAGCCAGCAGAUCCUGUGCUGCUGUGUGUCCGAGAUGAACGAGUGGGACACGCAGAACGUCAUCGUGACCGGUCACUCGGACGGCGUCGUCAGGUUUUGGAGAAUGGAGUUCCUCCAAGUCCCAGAAACCCCUGCUCCAGAGCCAGUAGAGCCAGACGUGCCUGACUGCUGUCCUGACGAGAAGAUUGAAGGUGGUGUGAGCCACAAUGGUGACGAGGACAGCAGUGAGUCGGAUGGAGAUGAACCCAGUCUGAGCCAGGAGCCCAGAGCCCCCUCGACGGGCGGAGGCAGCCAGCCGGGCAGCACCGUGCACAGACCUAGAGGUCCUUCAGCCCGAGCAGGAGCGUCUUGGUCGAUGGACAGCGGCUCCGAUGACUCCCACCGCUGGUCAGACACACUCAGCAUCGACGAGAAGGAUGGCUUUGUGUUCGUCAACUACUCCGAGGGCCAGACCAAAGGGGCCCACCCUCCACCGGCUCACCCCACUCACCCAGCUCACCCACCUCACCCAGCUCACCCCUCUCACCCAGGACAGAGCUCAGUACCUCAGCCUCUCCAUCCCUCCACCAUAGAGGCACGGACGUAUAACCAGCUCAGAGCGGGCUACAGAUGGGAGUGCCAGCUGGUCUUCCGGAGCAAACUCACCAUGCACACGGCGUUUGAUCGCAAGGACAAUGCUCAUCCAGCUGAGAUCACUUCCCUCGCCAUCUCCAAGGACCACAGUAAGAUCCUGGUGGGGGACGGGCGCGGCCGAGUGUUCAGCUGGUCGGUCAGUGACCAGCCCGGCCGUUCGGCCGCCGACCACUGGGUGAAGGAUGAGGUGGUGGACAGCUGCUCCGGCUGCACAGUUCGCUUCUCCCUCACCGAGCGACGUCACCACUGCAGGAACUGCGGGCAGCUCUUCUGCCAGAAGUGCAGUCGCUUCCAGUCGGAGAUCAAGAGGCUGAAGAUCUCAUCGCCAGUGCGGGUUUGUCAGAACUGUUACUACAACCUCCAGCACGAGCGAAGCGCCGAGGACGGCAGCAGAAACUGAGCUCGAAAACCCUCCAGGACCCUCCUCCCUCCAGAGGACCAGAGGAGUCCAUCAUUCACAUCCGCCUCGCUCCCUCAGCGACUCCACAAAAACUCCUUCAUCCUCCGAUCGCCCCGUAACCCCAUGGACUGUAACACAGUGACUAACUGAAGCACUGAGGGAAUGUCGGCUAUGGAUAAAAAAAACAAAAAAACAAACAAACGAAAGAGAUGGAAAAAAAAAACUCUGUCACCACUUCUACCACCUGCACUCAUCACGUGGAAAGAAAGAAAAAAGAAAAGCAGCCACGACGCUAAAAUCAAUCACGCUUCAGCUUCGAGAUCGAGAACAGGAAAAAAAAACUCCUUCACCACGACACACGAGAAACUUGUUCAUAGUGUAAAUACGUAUCAUGGCCUUUUUAACUCAGAAAGGAUUGAACUCGGAACAAAAAAAGAAAACAAAACAAGGUCAUUGAGUAAAAAAAGUAAAAAAAUAAACAUAUUGCCUGUAAAAUAGCGUUGUGACUAACCACUGCUGGCUUUAAAAAACAAAAACAAAAAAACAAACUAAAUGUAUUUAGUCUGCGUCACAAGUCACAGCGAGUCCGGAGGAAUAGGACGGAGGGAUAUGAAUGUCGAUAACUAAUGUCUGUGGGUCGACUUCUGCUGGGUCUAGUUAUGCAAAACGACGCCUUUUCUUUUUUAUAUAUAACGUCCUGACCUUUUGGUUGUUUACAGAAAUACGUGCGUGUCAAGCCAUUGUCGUCUGAUAUCAGAGAGGUUUAAUGAUCCUUUCCUUUUUUCUUUCUUUUCUUUAAAUUUUUUUUUGCCAAAUAGUUUAAUAGCGUAAGGAGUGUUUUUAUCAUUUGUUCUGUCCUUCAUUUCAUUUGAAGUUUUGCCGUUGCUGCUUUUCGACACAUAAUCGUCUCAGAUUGUCUGUUUCAACCAUAUCGUCCUUUUUUUUUUUUUUUUUUAUAACCUAAAGAGACAAUUGGUCGAUCAUGUGUGAAAAAAACAAAACUAUAUGAGGUUACAGAUAACGCCCACAUGUACUUAUUGCUGCACGUUCAUUUCCCGUCACGUCGCGGCGACUUCUUGAAUGCACACAGAAAAAGGGACUUCAUGGUGGACUGUAGUUUUUUAAUUUAUCUGUUGGAUUUCACUCUGACCCUGUGGCAUUACCCCCCAGUCCUUGUAGGUGUCCAAGCUACGUCGAGCUCGGAGGAGAUGUAAAUAGUCACUCGGUCCAUGAUGUUCGCUCGCAAAGCACCGAGGUCGGAUAUGAAAACUGUCAGAGCUGCAGUUUGACCUCAGUGCAGGUGUUUUUAAAUGAGGUUUGUAGCAUUAAAUCCUUUGUUGUGAUUUCACUUUUCGAAUGUGUUUGGGUUUUUAGAAAGAAAAAAAAACAAUGAUGUAUUCAGAGGUGACGAUUAAAUCAGUUAAAGCCGCACGGCUCAUGUGACCUGAUGUGCAGGAUUUUUAAUUCCUCACAAAGCUAUCAGUGUUUAAAAGAAGAGGUCUGAAUCCAUUUAAUGACUUGAUGUCGUUGAUGAUUUUUUUUUUUUUUUGCUGAAUUAAGAGGAAUUGAAAUGUGAAGCUGAUUGCCAUGAAAGAUUUAAAAUUAAAACCCGAUCGUCUGCAGACAAACACACAUCUGUGAGGUUUAGAUUUAAUUUUUCUUUUUUAACAGUAUAAAUUAAUUUUUUUUAUAUAUUUUAUGUACUGUCGUCUUAAACGUGAGAACCCUUCAGAUAGAAGCGAAGGAGACUGUGGCGUCUUUGAAAUGUAAAGUUAGUACAGAUGUAACCUUGUAGAUAAAUGAGACAAGUCACCGAAGUUGUGGCUUUUAAAGACUUUUUGUCAUGCUGACACCUUAAUAUCAGAUGUUUUUCUGUAACUUCAUGUCAACACAAAUACAUUUCUACUCUACACCCAUCAGCCAUAACAUUAUGACCACCCUCCUAAUAGUAUGCAGGUCUCCCUUGUGCCUCCAAAACACUCACUGGACAUGGGCCUUCUGAGGGUGUCCUGUCCUGUUGUUAGUGGGGUGGAGGGUUUGGGUUCUGUGGGUUGAGGGCAGGGGCCUCUGUGGAUCAUCCCACAGAUACUUGACUAGUUUGGGACCUAGUGAAUUUAGAGGCCAGGUCAACACCUUGUGCUGUUCCUCAUGUUUUGUUGAGUUGUUCCCAAAGCGUUUCUGUAAUGUUUUGGCUUAUCGGUGUAUAUUCCAACACAAACUUCUUGUACUUGUGUCACUUUGCUUUUUUGGGGCAACAGCUGUGCAUUCAAGUGCUGCUUUCUCUCUUCACUGUUGUCUCAGCUCUCCUUUUAUUUUCUUUUUUUUUCUUUCAUCUUCAAAGUCUCAAACUUGUAAAAAGAGAAAAAUGAAACGACUUUCACGCCUCCUCCGUGUUGUAAUGAUUAACUAUAUGCACUCCCGUUACUGUUCUUAUAUCAUCCUGCGUUUCUGUACUGUAAUUUUUUUAAGCGUGCAAUCAUGCCACCUAGUCUGAGAAGGCCGAGCUGGCUCCUACCUGUCUAUCAAUCAGCGGUUCCUUUUAGCACCUUCACGUGUACAAACAAACAAAAAAAAAAAAGAGGAAGUUUUUGUCUUGAAUUCAGUUCCACAUCGUCAUUUUAACAGAGAGGUGCAUUUCACAGCAGAUAAAUGAACUGUACAAAGUAUUUAUGCAAAUGUAACUGGAUUUAGAUUUUUUUUUUUUUUUUAAAUGAUUAUUGCAAUUUCAGCAAGUUUUGUUACUUGUUGCAUGUCUAUUAACACAGCUGACUUUCUGUGUCAGUGCAUUGUACAUGUCCUUGGCAUUAGAAUCUGUUUUGUUUUUGUUUGUUUGUUUGUUUUGCUGGAUUUAUUCUUUUUUUUUUGUUUUUUUUUUCUUCAUUUUUAAUAUUUCCUUCUUGGAGGCAUUGACCCGAGCGUCAGGUUUUGUGUACAGAGCCGCAGAGCACGUCCCCCGACUCUGGGCGAACUAUUUCUACUCCGCGGGACAAAUAAUUAAGGACCGAUCGAGAGGGAGAAGAAGAAGAAGAAGAGGAAAAGAGAUAAUCCUGGGUUGUUCUGGUGGUCUUGUAUUAGACUGCAUUACUACAGUAUCUGGUGUGCAAUCUGUGAUAGCUGAAUGUUCCUUGUAUAUUUGUGUUCACUACAUCCUACAAGAGAAAAACUAGUAGUGUAACCCCCCCUCACCACUCCUCCUUCCCCCAAGCCCCCGCUCCGUUACAGAAACAAAAAUGUUACAAUAAUGCAAUAGAUCUGGUACUUAUUCUUUUUAAUUUCAUUUCAAUAAAAUAAUUGCUGUUUACCACCAAA